AUGUCUGAGGAUGCGGAUAAAGCUUACAAAGAUCUCCUAUAUGGGGGUGUAGCGGGGUCUCUGGGGAAAUUGGUCGAGUAUCCGUUUGACACCGUGAAGGUGAGACUACAGACGCAGUCGGCGGCCCUGUUUCCCACAACAUGGUCCUGUGUUUCACAUACAUACAAGCAGGAGGGCCUAUGGCGUGGGUUCUACCAGGGUAUGGCUUCGCCCGUGUUCGGGGCGUUCCUGGAGCAUGCCGUACUGUUCGUGUCGUUCAACCGGGCUCAGGCAGUUCUCGAAAAUUGUUACAGCUGUGGCCCGCUCGAGAAAGUGGUGUUUGCGGGCGCCAUAGCCGGGGCAUGCACGAGCUAUGUGCUGACGCCAGUUGAGCUGGUGAAGUGCAAGCUCCAGGUCUCAAAUCUGACCGGCGUAUCCGGUCCGCGGUAUACCGCCGUGCUGCCGACAUUGCGCGCGAUCGUAAAGCAGAACGGCCUCGGCGGGCUGUGGCAGGGCCAGUCUGGGACCUUCAUCCGGGAAUCCGCAGGCGGCGCCGUGUGGUUCACAGCCUACGAAGUGCUGAAAGGCUGGCUGGCCAGGCGCAGGGGCUCCACAGAAAACACCGUCUGGGAGCUGUUGGCAUCAGGCGCUGGUGCCGGCGCUGCUUUCCACGCAAGUAUUUUCCCUGCCGAUACCGUGAAGUCGACGAUGCAGACAGAGCACCUAGGUCUGGGGCCCGCCGUGCGUACAGUGCUCAAGAAGCACGGUCCCACGGGCUUCUACCGUGGCGUGGGCAUUACGCUUCUCCGGGCGCUCCCUGCCAAUGCAGUGAUUUUCUACGUCUACGAGAGCUUGUGCGGACUUUAA